CUAGACAAAUUUACUUAAGACAUAGUUGGAUGUUCUCUACAUUUUAGCUUAGGUCUUUAAUUAGAAAUUCAACGCACGUUGAUAAUAAAACCAAACACGGAUUUACAUUUGUACAUGUAUCACGUAAAAUACACUUACCUGUUUCGUUUUGAGUUAUUAGAAUUUUGAAAGCGUGGGUUUAAAAGUGUUAAGGAACUAUGUUUAACGUAAAGAAGGUUAAAAUAUAAAAAGUGUAAUACUUUUAAACAAUAUUUUCAAUCUUGAUAAGAAUAACAUGGAAGUUAAAGCGAUAAAAACGGUUUAAUCGUAAAGGCUUUGGGGAUGAUAAUUACUUUAAUCGAAAAUAAAUAUUUAAAAAUACCGCGAGUAUGUUAGUCAAGGCGGAAAUAAAUCAUUGUGAAAAUUACACAAUUGUUUAAUUAUAUGGCAUGUGUUUUGAAAAUUGGUGAAAUUUAAAAUUAGAUAAUAACGGACAAUCAAAUUUUCGAAAGGAAAUGCUUGUUAAAAACAGAUACGAUCACCUUAAAACACCUGUGGCCGUGUUUUUUUCUUCUGUUAAUUAGUUUCAUUUUUGGGGCGAAAAAUAUCUUUACAAUACCGAUAAUUAGUAGCAAUACGGAAAGUUUGCUUAUAAUGCUAUGAUAGACUGUGCUCAUUAUUCGCGGAAUAUUGGCACGUUUGAGUUAUUUACGCACUUGAGUGCCAUUUUAUUGUCAGAUCUCUUUAUUAGAUAGAGCACAUUUCAGGGAGCACAACUAUCUGUGAGAGACUUUGCAUGUUCAUCAUAUCUCCAGAGAUCCGGGAUUUUAUUCGUUAUUUGUUGCUACCAUACCUACAUGUGAUUAAGGACAUUAAUAUCGUAAAACUAGCUACUGAAUAGAUGUGUUUUAAGAUCAAAGGGGAUUUGUAAUUUGUACGUGUAUGAAAUCUGUGCGGGAUAAAAACAGUAUAAAAGGAAGUUUUACUCCAGUGAACAGAUUUGAAAUUAUGUGAUGGAAUUACGAACGCGGUUAAUGAUAUGCUGAAAUAGUGAGUGAGCAGGAGUCACCGGUUGCAACUAGCAAGUAACAGCAUUCACUAAUACAGUGGGAAGGAUGGGCGGAACUUUGUCAUGCGGAGGUCAAGGUCACCGACCUGUUGCAGACGACAAAUUGCCGUACGGAGCUCCGGUUUCAAAGCCUGUCGGUAUUGUGCAACCACAAGAGAAACUGACACCGAAUGAUACUACAGACAUAUCAAAACCAAUUCCACUGGUCAUCAACUACAAUAACAACAACAACAACAAUGGUCUGAAGUCCGACAAAAAAGACUCGCACUCCGGUAAUGGCAGGUCUUGGAAGUUCUGGAAGUCGAUGUCAUUACGGAGUUCGAAGCCCUCAUCUAAACCCGUCAAGAUGGAUUCUUCACUUCCGAAUCUGGACAGCCAACUUGCAGAUGUUAUUGAGAAAAGCGAAUUUACAAGGAGUUUGAGUUAUAGACCUCCUCCUAAGCCACCAAGGUCGUUUAUUCUUCGCACAAAUUCUUUAAAGACAUCCAAACCAUGUGGGCCUGUCAUUGCUGACGGGAAACAUGCUCUUAACACGGCCAAAAGUGAACGUCCAGACGAAACUUUUCCUGUUUCAGUCAACGCAGACGACAAGUUCAAAUCACCUGUUCAAACCAGUGUAAAGGAUUAUGAGAAUGUUGAUUCUGAGGGAAUAAAUAUCUGUCUAUCAGAGAAGGUCGAUAGUGUGCCAUUGACAGUUUCACAAAAAUGUUGUUCCUUGCCAAAUUAUAGUCUUGGACCAACUAGUGUCACGCGUAGGCAGCCACCAAAAUCGUCAGGGAAAAUCAGAAUUGUCUCCCCUGAGCUGACGAGGAAAGUUCCACCGAGGCCUCGCAAGAAAUCGGCUGAAAUAACGGCGGGAGACAGACAUAUUCUUAUACUUCAAAGUGCAGCUGAACUUAUUUGUCAAAAGAUAGACCCAUUUGUUGUCAUUGAGAAAUUAGCCGACGCCGGUUUAAUGGACGCAAGCGAUUUGAACGUGUUUAGAAAUCCGUAUGAAAGUAGACAAUUAUGUGACAAUAUAGUGCAAUCAGUUAUGGAUCGAGAUUAUGUCUCAUUUCUAAAGUUUUGUGAUAUUUUACGCAGUGUGACGGAUUAUACAACCGUAGCAGCCGUUCUUGACGCCAUGAUAGCUGUUUAUGACGUCAUUUACGAAGUUCAAAUAAGUAACGGAGAUACGUCACCAAUACUUGAUGACGAAAAAACGGUGUCGUUUGACGUCGUUUACUACAGUCUAGAAACUGGCAAAAUAAGAUCGGUUGUUGAACUGGAAAAGUUGAGAAAUUCUGAAAAUAAACGUCAUUCCCGAGACCUGCUGUCCUACAAACGCAAUUCCCGUCUUUCAUUCCAGUCCUUUCAAUCCCUUACAAGUGAAGCGUCAAGUAUAUUUAGUGAGGAUAUCAUUACAAACGGACUUCCAAUGGUUACGGUGUCCAUUGCGGGACACGUUCUGUGUCUAGAAAAAGCUCGAUCCCUGGCUACGGUUAUUGAAGACCACUACUGCAUUCUUGAAUUCCACAUUGGGAAGACGCAUCUCCGCGGGUCCGACAUGGAGCAUAUAAGCCGAGCCUUGGCGUUAAAUACCUGUAUACGUGUCUUAGACCUCAGGCUCAACAACAUUGGCAACAGUGGUGCUGUGUACAUGGCGAAUGUCCUGUAUCAAAAUAGGACGUUACGGCAGCUAAACCUUUCCUCCACGGGAAUUGAUAGCGAGGGGUGUAAGCUUUUGGCAGAUUCUUUGAGAACAAACACUAGCCUCAUUGACCUUGAUCUGAGUUUUCUAGAUAUAGGCGAUAGCGGAUGCCUAGCUUUGAGCGGAAUGUUAAAACAGAAUCGAUGUUUGAAAAAAUUACGUCUUAGAAGUGGCAGCAUUACGUGGAUAGGUUGUGGAUUCCUGUUAGAAGGAAUAGAAAUCGGCAAAACAGUCAAUGAAUUAGAUUUAAGCAGAAAUUUUAUUGGUGACACCGGUGUGGAAAUGUUUCUACGCCAUAUGAAGGACGAUUCUUCUCUAAGGGAGGUCAAUCUUGAAAACUGUGGUAUAACUGCAGCAGGGUGCUCUACCCUUUCUGAUGUGAUACUUACAAACAAGUCCCUCAGAAAUUUGGACUUAAGCGUAAACUUCAUAGGGGACCAAGGGAUUUUGAAGCUUUCAAAUGCGCUAGAUAGAAAUAAACAUAUCAAAACUCUGGGACUCAAUAUGUGUGGCAUAUCAAACGACGGCUUUUCAAAAUUAUUAGAUAUUUUAGAGGGAAACGCGACAUUGACAAUGCUGAAACUAUGCUAUAAUAGAUUAGGACGUGAGCACUCGAACCCAGAAGCAACUUCGGACAAUCUAAAAUACAGAGUAAGAAUUGUGACGUCAUCAAAUCCGAAACUCAAGCUGUUGUUAUGGGGAAACACGUUCGAAGAAUCUAACGCAAUAUCACAGUUUAAAGAAUUAAACGCGACGUUGUAGUAACGUGAGCAUUCGUUUCCAAUGAAGCAUCAUAAAAAUGUGUGCAUUGAUAAAACGCUUAUGAAUACGAAACUGAUGUUAGUAACUUUAAUCCAAAUAAGUUCUAACCUUGACACUGACUUUAGGCGGGACGGUCGUAAAGCUCUUUAGACUAAAACGCUCUUUGGAAAACGAAAUCAUGCUGUUGGCAGCUGACAGUAUUCUGCACCUUUCACUACAAAAAUGUACUUGUUUUUAUUUCAGAACGUCCAGGUUGUACUUUAGUCAUGUAUAUGUAUAGCUUUUUGGUUUGACCCAAGUGAUUUAUUUGCAAAAUUGUAAAUUUUUGAUAGUUGCACUAUCAAAAUACUACUGCUAUUUUAACAUAUUGUACAGUAUGUAAAAGCCGUCUCAUUAUAUAUUGAUUUUAAUUAUAUUUCUUAUUCAAAAUUGCCAUCAAAUGCCAAACGCAUAAAGGUUUCAUUUUAACUUUACGUCAUGAUUUCCCCUUUUUAUAGACAAUCGUAUUUAAACAACCAACCACUUCCUUGGCUUUUGAUUCUGUAACCAGUGUUUAUAAAUUUGUUUCUGAAGUACACAAUCUUACUAUGCGUAGCGUUUUACGAGACGAUUUUUUAUUACGUACCAGAGAAUAGCAAAGAUUCAGAAAAAAACCCUAAACCUUUAAUUUCCCGGAAAUGAUUAUAUAGCUUUAAGUGGUUACGUGUUGUGUUGAGUCAGUGUUCGUAAAUAUGACUCAAAAAAGUUUUCAAUACCAUUGAUGUUGUUCUGCAUUCUAAACAACGCUAGUGGUGUUAAUAUGAACUAUUUUUUUUGUAAUAUCACAGUCAAUUUAGAAUUUGUGGUCAGAGUUCAUUUUGAUAGCGAAUUUCGAACAACGGAACUUCAAGAA